AUGGAAAUUAAGAAAAGCAAAAGAAGUAGAGCAUCCACUGAGGGGAAAGAAUUAAACAGAAGAACACACCUGAAUAAUAACCACAAACACGAGAAUGUGAAAAGGCUUAUGCAUUGCAACGAUUCGGAGGAUAAAAAACACACAGAUAGUAAUUCCAACAUUUUAAGUUACACGUAUGAUAACAUCUAUGACGAGCUCUCAUCCAACUAUGAAGAUAGUGCAUGCAAAUCGAAUGACGACUUGACGGAAUUUUACCUGUACAAAGAAAUUAACAACCAUAAGUAUAACAACAAUUUGUACGACUUCUACUUGAGUAAGUUUAAUAGUAACCUCGAGGAAAAGGACAAGCUGAACGAGUCUAACUUGAGCCUUAUUAAUAAAAUCUCACGCAUAAAGAAGAAACAAAACUAUGGAGGUAAAAAUGAUGAAGAGAAGACAGAAAGGGUGAGAGACCCAAAUGUGAAUGAAAGGACGGCAGGUGAGAAACACCAAGGGAGGGAGGAGUUCCGGGAGGAGGGAUCCACCUAUUGUAACGUCAAGAAUCAUCAUACAGACCAGUAUGAUAAAGAAAAUGAAGAAAAACUAGCCGAGUUGAGAAAGAAAUAUAGGCGCAUGAUGCUUUAUUCGUCGGAAAAACCACAUAAUGGUGACCCAACAAAGGAGCGUUCCACAAAACAGACAGAUCAAAUGAAGAAAAAAAAAAAUGGAGGCCAAAAUGAAGACCAAAAUGUAGACCAAAAUGGAAGCCAAAAUGCAGGCCCAAAUGAAGGCCCAAAUGAAGGCCAAAAUGAAGCCCAAAAUGACGAGAAAGAAAAUGUGUACAACAUCUACUUCAACACGCUGAUAAACAAAUGUGAUUACACCAUUUCGUGUUACAUGUACAAGAAAACGAAUGCCACACAUAUUUAUAGAAAAAAAAUUCUAGUUUUAAAAAAGCAUUUUUUAAUUAUAAAUAAAUUUAAACAGAAUAUUAAUAACAUCUACAAGGUUAUGCACCGAGAUGUAAGAAGAAAAAAAAAUAAUUGCAAAAUAUCAAAUGAUGGAUACCAUUUCAACAAUGAGCACAUUCGUUUGGCUAACCACAAUGUGAAUGUUAUUAUCGAGUUCAUAAAUUUGAUGAAAAUGAUUUCUAUCUAUGGUUCCAUAAAAAAGUACAUGAAAAUACUCUUCUUCAAGUACACCAAAAAUGUCUUUUUAAAGAAUUACGAGUUGUAUUAUUCUUCCCCCAAAUAUUUCAACGUGCUGAAGAAAUUUUACAAGUCGAUUCAUGCCAGUGUUUAUAAUUACAUAUAUGUAAAUAUUUUAAAAAUUAGGAACUUAGAACAAAUUAAGUAUAAUUACAUAUAUGCCAUAAUUGACGUGGAUAAUUUUUUGUACCACUACAAGUAUGAGUACAAUAGGGACAUGUUCAUACCGCUUUUCACGGACAGACAAAAUAAAGUAAUAUUUCACUUUUACACAGACCUGGAUUUGUAUCUAGGUCAUUUUACUCUACACAAUUAUGAAAUUGAGAAGCACAUUGAUUUUGAUUUGUACAAAAAGGCGGAACUGAGUAGUAUACAAAUCCAGACCGAUUUCUUUUUAACGAAAAAUACAAAGUACAGAAAUACAUCCAUGUAUAGCUCCACGUCGUCUAACAAGACGGAAAAAUUAUUCAGCUCCUUUUGCAAUAAAACGAAUGACCAAGUGUCAAAUGGGCUUUCUCUCCUGAACCAGAAAAAUAUUUUUUUCGAUAAGAAUUAUUUUUUUGUGAGAAAGUUACACAAUGACCAAAAAAAAAAUGCACAGAAAAACAGCAAAUAUGAAUCCGACUCGAAUGAUGAUAAUUUGUAUGUCCAUAUAUUUAUAUAUAAAAGUAAAAACCGAUUUGAGUACUUGUUACCGUCUCAAAACACCACCAAUGUGCUUUGCAAUGAUGAGGAUCUUUCCGUGACGUAUAACAACAUUAACAAUAAUUACCAGUUGGUUAAUUUAUUUAUAAAUAAUAUAAAACGCACGAUGCAGAUAAAAAACAGAUUCAACUAUAUCAUCGAUAAAGUAAACGGCAUAUUCGAAUUUAGAAGCUUCGUCAUUUCGAUCAUUUCAAUUUUUUACCUUUUUUUCUGUUCCUACUUUAAGAACUACAUACACAUUGUGCUCCUUCUAACUGUGGCAUUUCUGAUAUACAUAAAUAACGAGAAGAAUUACGAUUUUUGCAAAAACGUCUUGUACGAUUAUCCCAUCCUGUAUCUCUUUUUUCCUCAUAAAAUUUUGUGUAAAAUAUCGAAGAAGUCCAAUUUGUACCACCUGCACACGUUUCUGCACAUUUUCAUUUUGCACAGAUUUCCCUCCUUCUUUCAAUACUUGUAUAAACAUUACAAAUCCAAGUGUGUCUACUUCUUUGCCUACACCCCUGCUUAUCUAGGGAAGUACUUCAAUGACCACUUCUUAGACAAAAGGAGUACUGAUCAUAGUAGAUGUAAGCUCUCCUUUGGUAGGUUCUCCAAGGUGAAAGGGAGUAGAAGGAAGGGCAUCGAAGAUGGGCACGAUAGAUACGCUGCGAGGAAAGGCGUGAGGGGCAAGGAUAGGCAGACGAAGGCAGAUUCGGUUUUGAGCCAAACAUGUGGUAGCAACGCGGGGGAGGGGAAAACGGUAAGCUGUAAGGGGGAAAACAAUGCCGCCGUGGUUCGUGACAAUGUGGUUAACGGUGCUAUUUCUGGGAACGAAGAGAUAGGGAAUAUUGCCAAAUCAAGCAGUGAAAUCUUUCGCGAGAGUGAAGGUGCCAAUUGCGGGGAAAAAAUCAACUUCAAUUUUGAGGCCAGCAUUAUGGAUGACAAAAACGGUCCUGGUCAGAAUAACCACCGCGAGGGAGAGCUACUCUUUCCAGGUGAAGGGCCGAAGAAUGGAAAGAACGGGAAAGAUGAUGAAGACGGCGAGGUGCACGACUCCCCCCAAGAGGGCGAAGAUUCCGAGAAGGACAAAAUUCUGAACAACCUGCGUAGAUACUUUAAAAGUAGAAAUGCGGCCAAUGAGGGCACAAGCGGUAAGGCUGUCGUGGACAGGGAGGACUAUGAGAAUGAUAAGACCCCAUUGAAAGAUGACAGUGAUAUUGGGAAGCCACAAGUUAAUAGCUAUACCAAUGGAGGAACCAACGAUGGAGAUUACGAUGAGAACAACGAGGACAAAUGCAUGUAUACCAAAUUGAUAAAGCAUAGCAAACUUUCUCAUAUGAUUAAAAAUAAUAAGCAGUGGCUAAUGGAAUACUACGGCACCGGGGGGUAUCAAAAAUUUAGUAACUCAGACAAAAUGACGAACUUGAACGUGAGCAGUAAAAAGGAUAAAUCGAAUUCUUGUAAGUUAAAAAAUAGCUUCUCCGAUAUGAAGCUUCUACUCGAGGAACAAACAAAAAAUGGAGAAACACAAAAUUGCAGCGAUAUUGAGGAAAAGAAAAAAAAAAGUGUACAUGACGGGACUUCGAUUGUACGCAGUUCCCUGUCACUCACUGAAGGAAAACAUUAUUUUGAGAGAAAUAGUUCAUUUUUUUCAAAAUAUAAUUAUACCUUUGAUGAUGACGUGGAAAAUUAUUCUGAAGAUCUGGGCAUCAACGAAAUUAUGCUACUCGAUUUGGAGAUUAAAAUUGUAAAUCACAUGAAAAAUAAUUAUUACGAUUCUGCCAGCAGGGUACCUAUUGAGAAGGUGCAAGGGGACGAAAAAAAUGUAGACGAGUUGGGAGACCGAAAGACCUGUGGCAGCAAAGAGUUCUGCUUUGAAAUAAAUAACGAGAAAUAUACGGUGGAUUUAAGUUUAUACGAAAGUGCCAGGUACGUCCACUUCUUCAAGUCAGGCAACAGUGUAGGGAGUCGUCGUGCGAUAAACAACCACCGCGCGAGUUUCCUAUCCAACGAGCACCUUAGUGACAAAAGCGUGAAAACUAAAGGUAGAAAAAACACACACGGGUGCACCGAAAACAAUUGCGAUCGAACACACAACAAUAGCAACAGGAAAAAAAACUUCUACAGCAUUAUUGAAUACUUCCCCGGAUACUUUUACAACAAAAUAGAAAUUAUAUACAUCAAUAUGAUAUUAAUUUUUAUUUACGUGUAUUGCCUUUUAAUAAUCACCAUACAUGGAGGACUGAACAACGAUUUUCCCUUAUAUUUUUAUUUCCUAAAUAAAAAAAAAAAGAGGAAAAAAAGUUACAAAACAUAGAUGGAAGAAAAGGAAGAAACGGAAGAAAGGGAAGGAACGGAAGAAAGGGAAGAGACGGAAGAAAGAGAAGAAACGGAAGUAAAGGAAGAAAAGGAAAAAGCGGAAGCGAUAACGAAUAAGUACACGUCUAGCUUAAAGGAAGAGCUGCCGUCCGAACCAGACCAACAAAAAGGAGCACCUUUGACGAAUUGCAGGAAGCCCGGCGAACUUCAAUUAAAGGACAACAUUGAAAAUGAUCAUGCCAAUGUACGAACUGUAACCCCCCUGCAGAAGGGGAAAGAAAGAAUCGAUCCCUGGCCCACUUUAAAUUGCGCAGUUGAGCUGCCCAAUGUAGAGUUAUGUAGUAUCGCAGAGGAGGAAGUAAACGUGAAGGGGGACAUGGCAGCGGAAGCGCUUCAUAAUAGCGGUGACAAUUUUGCACCCAAAUGUGCAUAUGACUGGGAAGAAGACCUCAGGGACGACUUUACAGUGGAAGCUCAGCAUAACAGGGAUGAUCAUUUGACGGCCCAAAAUGUUUAUGAUUGGGAAGGCUACAUGAGCGCGCACAACGGAGGGGGUCAACAAGGAGCUGACAUCAGUCGAGUGAAGCCUAACUGCUAUGACGAGAAUCGCAUGUGUCAGUGGAGCCCGCGAUACUACGACGAUGGUCACAAGAGUUGUUUAACCUCCCAUCACAGCGAUGAUAACUUCACGAGCCGAUUCACCCCACACCGCAGUGAUCCCAAUCAGGAUCAACUCUUUAUGCCCUUCGAGGAAAUCCCCUUUGACGAAUUAAAUAACAGCGUUCUUGACGACGCCUUCAAUCUGAAGAAGGAGAAGCACCACCCCCUUCGCAGCAAAUUUAGUAAGCCUAAAUAUUUUUCCAUGAACGAAUUAAAAGACCACUGUAAAAAUAAAUUAGGGGCAUAUAACUUCUUCUCGCAGGAAAAUCACCCGAUGUAUAAUGACCAAGGUUAUGUAAGCCGUGAGAAAGGAGAGGAUCUACAUGGGAAUGAUGAAAACCAAAAAAAAACGAUGAAAAAUUUUCUGGGAAAAUUAAAAGAUAUAAAAGAAGAGAAACUUAGCAAAAUUAAAAAUAUUUACAAAUCUGAGAAAUACAACAAUCGUCUUAAGAAAGGAUUUUACAUGAUAAAAAGCAAAAUUAACAGCGAAAGUGUGAAGGACAAUUUUAGCUACAGUAAGGACAACCUUUGGGGGGAAACCAAAAAGAUUAAGGAAAAAAAAUAUGCACAAUAUAGUGAAAAUGAAUUUGACACGUAUAAAAAUGUAGACUUAUUCGAUUUGCAAAAUUUGUUUCCACCCUCUUGUGGCGCAAACAGGGAAAAGUACGCCGUGGGGAAGCAGCUACCGAAUAGUACCCACGAAGGCGUAAUAACCAGUGAGAACAAUUACGCCGUUAACCCGUCCUACGUAAGAAGUAACACCGCAAGUAAUUACAACACAGGUUACAGAAACACUGUAGUAAAAAACUAUCUUAUGGACAAAAGUUUUGUCUCCAACACGUCUACGUACAAAGAGGGUAAGUUCGAAAUAGAAAACAAGGAAGGCUCGAUGGAUCUAAAAUUUAGUCCCAGUUUUAUGAAUUACAAAAAGUGCGACUUAGAAUUUGCCUCCGCUGACAUGAUUGAGGAGGAGAAGAAAGCACGAGGAAAACAUAUCCUGUAUAACCUAUCCUUCAAUUCUAAGAGGAAGGAAUUAAAAAAGAAAAUCAUUUCGUACGUAAAGAGGAAAACGAAUAAGAAGGAAAAAAAUAAAAGUUACGAAUUGACACCCAUGAUGUGGGUUGAGAAAGAGUUAAUAAGUGAUGAAAUGCACCUGGGGGGUGAAAACAAAUUGAUUAAUUUGAUCAACUAUGAGGAAGGUGAUUACUCCAAUAAAGGCAUCGAGGUAGACCAUGUGGAGAAUGAAAGGGAUAAUAACUUAUCUUUCAUAAAAGACAACGAGGAGUUUGUAAAUUUUAAAGAAAAAAAGGAAAAAAUUAUCCUCCCCCUGAACGUGGGCAAGAGGUCAAAGAAUGCCGUCAACUCAAACGUUUCAUUCACUGUGCCGAAGAGAAUAAUUAAAAGAAAUCGAGAUUACCUCAAAUUUUACAAGAGCGGAUAUUUUAGUGAAUACGACAUGCAUAGAAUUAUAAGAAGCAGGGACAAAACGAAAUUUGCAUACUCAAAUAGUAUGUAUAAGCAUAUAAAAAAGGCGAUUGAAAAGAAGAAUGGAAGGGGGGAUAAUCAGUUUAAUAGCAGAAAAUCAAACGGGCUUUUCUCCCAAAAAUGUGACAACCAAAUGGGAGAUAACAUGUUUAGCGGACCUACACACAUAGCUGGGAAAAGUGAGACAGACGAUUUUUUAAACAUUGAACAGAUUGACGGGGAAGAGAAACACACACACAAGAACAUUUUUAGCAAAAAAAAAAAAAUUUUUUUUCACAUGAAGAAGAAAUUUCUCAAAUUUAAAAAUAAAAAUAAAAAUAAUUUCUUUAAAGAUAAGAUAAAAAGCUUGGUUAAUAUGCAAAACGCAAAUUCAUAUAACGAAUAUAACGACAGGGCAAUCUGUUACGAUGAAAAUGGCCUUCUAGCUCUCCCUGCUUCUCCGGAAAAAAAUGCACCCAAGGCCAAAAAAAAGAUGUUUUUCAUAAAUAUGAUGGAAAGAAGUUACCAAAAUAUGGCACACAAUUCUGCAGAAGAAAAUGGCCAUCGCAGCACUUCAUCCGAAAAUAAUAAAACUGGGACUGUGAAAAAACUGCAGGAGAGUGAACUUAAUGAAAAUUAUUUUCAAGUUAUUCGAAGCAAAAUCAACAUGCUAGGUAGUUCAAAUCGGACAUACGAAGCGGUAGGUAGUGAGGAGAACCCCCUUGAGCAACGAUAUCUGCCCACACAAGUUAAAAAGAAAAAGAAACCAGAUACGAUCCGAAUCAGUGAUUCAGAGAAUAAAUAUGUGACGAACAAAUCCUCAGCGUCGAAGCACUCCAGGAGUAGGAGUAAACUGGUAUACUCUAACAAAGACAGCUACAUUUGCAGUAAUGGUUCUUAUAAAGACCCGCAUGAAUUCACCAAAUAUGCAAAUCAAAGCAGUUUAAAAAAAAAAAAAGAGCGAGAAAAACACUCCAUAACUAUUGCUGUCAGUACAUAUAAUAAAUUUCUUUUAAGCAAAAAGAAUUACUACACUAGUAUGGAAAAAACGAACUUUUAUCUCAAGUGUUAUUGCAAUUUUGCACUUCUCGUAAUUAACUACUUUUUAAUUUUUACCAUCACGUAUAUAUAUGCGAACAACGUGUACAACCUCUUUUUAUGUGCCAAGCAUGUUCACUUGAAAGCAAAGAAAAGGGAAAGAAAAAAACACUCUGAUUUUAACAACAUCGUCCGGAUAAUAUAUCAUAAAAACGUUUUUGCAACAAAUGAUAAUUCGAUACAUAUAAGCAAACAUAAAAAUAUGUACAUGAAAAAAAAUAUAUUCGCACAGAUAUUUGUGCAGAAUAAAAGACAAAGUGCUAAGACCAGUGUAAAAUAUGACCAGGAAGAUGUGGAGGAGGAGAAAGAGGAAGAAGAAGCUUCAUCGGAUAGCCAACAAAUGAAAAAAACAGACAUGCGAAAUUAUCAUUUUAAUCCAAGUAAAUACUAUGAAGAAAUUAAGGACAAGAAAAAUAUUCUCAGUUUGUACAAAAGCGCAAAGAGCAAUAUUAAAAUGUUCAUGUCGAAGCAUAUGAUUCUUAAUCUCUAUUUGGAAAAGUUUCUAAAUCUUUUCAAUCAUAAAAAUUUUAACCUCACAAAGAUUGUCAUAUCACUCCUGGGAUACUUCUCCAUUUUAUUGCUUUCGAUCAAAUUCCACCAUUUGGUCAUCGUAAAAUUGUUGCACUUGUACUAUAAGGGGUACACGAGGAGAUAUUACAAAAACGUUGUUCUUAACAGCAUCUUGGAGAACAUUAAAAAUGUGAAGAUAAAUUUGAAGCUGUAUAAGCCCAUCUGUUCCUUAAACGAGGAAGAGUGUUGUGCGCUGAUUGAAGAAAUUAACAAAACAUGCAACCAGAAUUUGAAUAUAUCGCAAUUUAAGGAUAUUAAUGACGAAUAUGACUUGGCUAACGUCAUUAUGACAAAUUUAAGUGAAUUUUCCGAGAUGAAGAGAAUAAUAAGGCAAGAAUGGAACCUCAACCUGCUGAACAAUUCACCCAAUGAUAAUGCGAACGUGGUUAGUGCGAGGAACAACACGUUGUACUGA